AUGGAGAGGUUAGAGUUGAAAGAGGUUCAGAAACUCGAAGGUCACACCGAUAGGGUUUGGAGCUUGGAUUGGAAUCCGGCCACUGGUCAUGCCGGUGUUUCGCUCGUUUUCGCUUCUUGCAGCGGCGAUAAAACCGUUCGAAUCUGGGAACAGAACCUCUCCAAUAGCCUCUUCUCAUGCAAGGCGGUUUUGGAAGAAACACAUACUCGAACUGUUCGAUCUUGUGCUUGGUCACCUUCUGGGAAAUUGUUAGCUACUGCAAGUUUUGAUGCCACCACUGCUAUAUGGGAAAAUGUUGGGGGUGAUUUUGAGUGUGUCUCUACUUUGGAGGGACAUGAAAACGAAGUAAAGAGUGUAUCUUGGAAUGCAUCUGGAACUUUGCUUGCAACUUGCAGUAGAGAUAAGUCCGUUUGGAUAUGGGAAGUGCAGCCAGGCAAUGAGUUUGAGUGUGUCUCAGUGCUGCAAGGACAUACUCAGGAUGUGAAAAUGGUGAGGUGGCACCCAACAGAGGAUAUCUUAUUUUCAUGUAGCUAUGAUAAUAAUAUUAAGGUCUGGGCAGAUGAAGGUGAUAGUGACGAUUGGCAGUGUGUUCAAACCCUUGGAGAACCCAACAAUUCCCACCACUAUGGUUACAAGCAAGAACUAAGAAGAGAAAUGACUAUGUUUAAAACUCUUGCGAUAUCAUUUUCAACAAUGACACUUUUCACUGGAAUCACACCUUUGUAUGGUUCUAGCCUUCAAUAUGCAGGCCCUGCGAGUCUCACAACUGGUUCUCUGUACUUUUGGGCUGCACAUUUAGCCGGUCCAAAAUGGGGACCAUUUUCUUCAUGGUGCUGUGCUUGGCUUGAAACCAUAGGUCUUAUUGCUGGGAUAGGGACUCAGGCGUAUGCAGGAUCACAAACAUUGCAGAGUAUAAUCCUACUCUCGACAGGCACGAAUAAAGGCAGAGGGUACUUUGCCCCGAAAUGGCUAUUCUUAUGUAUGUACAUUGGCCUCACUGUUAUUUGGGCAGCAUUGAACACAUUUGCGUUAGAAGUUAUCGCCUUCAUCGAUAUAAUUUCAAUAUGGUGGCAGGUUAUUGGUGGAGCAGUGAUAGUUAUAAUGUUACCUCUAGUGGUACUAACUACACAAUCAGCUUCAUAUGUAUUCACCAACUUUGAAUUAGCACCUAAUACAACAGGAAUAUCAAGCAAACCGUAUGCGGUGAUUCUAUCGUUUCUUGUGAGCCAAUAUUCCCUCUAUGGAUACGAUGCUGCAGCGCAUCUAACCGAAGAAACUAAAGGCGCAGACAAGAACGGACCUAUGGAUACAAUGCUGAUUGUUGGUUCAUGA